AGUCCUCCUCCAAUCAAAUGGGACCAGACUUUACUUGCCAUCCAAGACAACCGCCUUUAAAUUCGACACUGCAAGUCCAUGGAGUCUUCAUACCAAAUUACCAGUUAGUGUACUUCUCUUGAUUCCCACACAGCCUCAAUAUACGUGUACCUAGAAAAACCUUCCAACCUCAAAAGAUCUCGAACAUCCAACCCCUCCGGCCUUCAAAACAAAAAAAAAAAAAAAAAAAAACAAAUCCCACAAUGUUGGCAACACCUAUGACUCUGUUGUGGGCAUCACUGACCUCUUCCGUAACCAGCAUCCUGCUUCUGUGGCCAAUCUUUGAACGAUCUUGUCCUGAUGGCCUUCGACGAUACUUUGAUAAAUAUACAAGCAUAAUCACCGGCUACUUCAAUCCCUACAUUGAUAUUUCGUUCUCUGAUGUCUCUGAAGUUUGGUUCAAGCGUAGCGAUGCCUAUUUAACUGUUGAGACUUACCUCAGCAACAAGGCUCCCAAGAGCGCUAAACGACUCAAAGCUGAGUUGGGAAAAGAAAGUAGCAAAGUGGUUUUGAGUCUGGAUGUGAAUCAGAGAGUGGUGGAUGAGUUUCGAGGUGUCAAAAUUUGGUGGACGUCAAACAAAGAUGUCAACAGAUCAAGAUUCUCCAAUUCUCCCGACGAGACCACGAUGUCGUACAUGCUCACGUUUCAUAAGAGAUACCGUGACCUAAUGGUUGACUCAUAUUUGGAGCAUGUUAUGAAGGAAGGGAAGGAAAUUGGUGUGAGGAAUCGGCAGAGGAAGCUCUACACGAAUUGUCCUAAUGACAAGUUGCCAUGGUACAUGAAUCGAAGCCUGUGGAGUAGCAUCUUUUUCGAGCAUCCAGCUAACUUUGAAAGAAUCGGUUUGGAUCCAGAGACAAAGCAGGAUAUUGUUGACGACCUGUUGACUUUCAGCAAGAGUAAGAACUAUUAUGAAAAGAUUGGGAAGCCAUGGAAGAGGGGUUAUCUUCUCUAUGGCCCUCCUGGGACAGGGAAGUCAACGAUGAUUGCAGCAAUAGCAAACCUGUUGGAGUAUGAUGUCUAUGAUCUUGAGCUCACAGCAGUGAAGGAUAACACGGAGCUGCGAAAGCUUAUGAUCGAGACUACUGCUAAGUCCAUCAUCGUGAUCGAGGACAUCGACUGCUCACUUGAUCUUACUGGUCAAAGAAAGAAGAAAACAAAGAAAUCUUCAGAUGAUGAUGAUGAGAACGAAAUUCCCAAGAAAGGUGCCAAGGAAGAGGAGAAAAGUAAUAAGGUCACACUUUCUGGGCUGUUGAAUGUUAUUGAUGGACUGUGGUCGGCUUGUGGGGGAGAGAGGCUGAUUAUUUUUACUACAAAUUUUGUGGAGAAGCUGGAUCCUGCACUCAUAAGGAAAGGUAGAAUGGACAAGCAUAUUGAGCUCUCUUACUGCAGUUUUGAGGCAUUCAAGGUGCUCGCAAAGAAUUACCUGGAUCUUGAAAAGCAUCCGAUGUUUGACACAAUACAGAGGUUGAUCGGGGAGACGAAGAUCAUACCUGCUGAUGUUGCAGAGAACCUUAUGCCAAAGUCGUCAAAAGAUGAUGCAGAUAAAUGCCUAUCGAAGUUGAUAAAGGCUCUAGAGCAAGCAAAGGAAGAAGCAGCAAAGAAGAAAGAUGAAGAGAAACUGAAAGAGGAAGAAGCGGCAAAGAAGAAAGAUGCAGGAGAAUUGAAAGGACUGAAUGUGAAAGAAGAAGCCCAGAAGAAAGAAAAUGAUGAGGUGAAAGUGAAAGAGGAAGAUCAAGCAGCAAAGGGGAAAGAUGAAGAUGUGAAAGUGGAAUAGAAUGAACCGAACCUAUGGCCCGGAAGUGUUCGCCAUGACCAAAAAAAAUAUAUAUAUAUAUUCUAGCUCCAUAUUUAAUUUGUAUAGUGUGCGCAUGUGGUCAUGUUUAUUAUUUCUCGUCCAAAAAAAGUGUGUAUAUGUAUAUAGUGUGAUGUGUGAUGAAUUUAUUAUUUGAUCUAAUGUAAGUAUAAAUUAGUCGUUGUAAUGAAUUAGCUAUAUAUAUUGUAAUAUUAGAAUUUAAAA